AUGAGGCCAGACACGAGCGGGACGAUCGCGGGAAUUGUUACUGAAAGAGAUUACCUCCGGAAAAUCAUUGUACAGGGUCGGUCUUCGAAGACCACAAAAGUUGGCGACAUCAUGACUGACGAGAAUAAGCUUAUCACUCUCACACCGGAGACACGGCUGCUCAAGGCCAUGGAGAUCAUGUCGGACAAAAGAAUUCGCCACAUUCCCGUGGUUGAGGGACAGAAGAUGAAAGGGAUGCUGAGCAUUGGCGACGUGGUUGCUGCUGUCGUGGAGGAGCAUCGUGAGGAGACGGUCGCACGGUCGAGGGUCAAGGAUAUCCCUUCCGACGGUUGCUCUCCCUUCCGCCGUAGCUCUCCCUUCCGCCGUAGCUCUCCCUUCCGCCGUAGCUCUCCCUUCCGCCCGUCGCCCUUCUUUCCCCCUCGUCGCCCUGCCUUCCGUCCGUCGCCCACCCUUGUUCCCGUCGCCCUCCCUUCCCGUCGCUCUCCCUUCCCGUCGCCCUCCCUUCCCGUCGCCCUCCCUUCCCGUCGCCCGCGCUUCUUCCCGUCGCCCUCCCUUCCCGUCGCCUUCCCUUCCCGUCGCCCGCGCUUCUUCCCGUCGCCCUCCCUUCCCGUCGCCCUCCCUUCCCGUCGCCCUCCCUUCCCGUCGCCCUCCCUUCCCGUCGCCCUCGCUUUCCCCGUCGCCCUGCCAUCCACUCCCCGUCGCCCUCGCCUUCCCUCCCGUCUCCCUUCCCAUCUCGCACACUUGUCACCCUCCCUUUUCUCUCCCUACUCCCUCUUUUCCCUCCCUCCAAUAAUCGCCUUCCUUCCCCCAACUUAUACCCCUUCCCUGCUUCCCCCCAUCCCCUGCCCUGCUUCCCCCCAUCCUCUUGAUUCUUUCCCCGUAUCCCCAGCCCUGCUUCCCCCCAUCCCCUUCCCUGCUUCCCCCCAUCUCCUUCCCUUCUUCCCCCCAUCUCCGUCCCUGCUUGCCCCCAUCCCCCUCCCUGCUUCCCCCCAUACCCCUCCCUGCUUCCCCCCAUCCCCCUCUCUGCUUCCCCCCAUACCCCUCCCUGCUUCCCCCCAUCCCCUUCCCUGUUCCCCCCCAUCCCCUUCCCUGCUUCCCCCCCAUCCCCCUCCCUACUUCCCCCCAUCCCCUUCCAUGCUCCCCCCCAUCCCCUUCCUUGCUUCCCCCGCAUCCCCCUCCCUGCUUCCCCCCAUCCCCUUCCCUGCUUCCCCCCAUCCCGUUCCCUGCUUCCCCCCAUCCCCUUCCCUGCUUCCCCCCAUCCCCUUCCCUGCUUCCCCCCAUCCCCUUCCCUGCUUCCCCCCAUCCCCUUCCCUGCUCCCCCCCAUAAUCUCUGCCCAGGUGUCCUUCCUAUUCCUUCUGUUCCGCCCACCCUCUCCCAUUCCGUUCUGCCUCCAUCUCUCAUUCUUCCCACCCUCUCUCUCCCUCCUCCCGCACUCUCUCUCUCUCUCUCUCUCUCUCUCUCUCUCUCUCUCUCUCUCUCUCUCUCUCUCUCUCUCUCUCUCUCUCCUCACACCCGCACUAUCUCUCUCCUUCCUCCCGCACUCUCACAAUCCUUCCCACCACCCUCAGCCCUCCUUCCCCCCCCCCUUUGCCAUGUUCCCACCUGCCCUGCCCUCCCUAUCCCUACCUUUCCCUCCCUGCCCUGCGCUUCCUUUCCCCAUCCCUCCUCAACCCUUUCCUUCCUUUUCAUGCCUUCCCCUUCCCCCUCACUACUCACCUACCACUCUCUAG